AUCCAUCAGCUGUUUAGAUAAUCAGGGAGGUCGGAGUCUGAACCAAAAAUAAUUCAGAUCAGAACUAAUCAAUAUCAAUAUGGCUGUCACUGCUGAUGUAAAAUUGCCUUCUAUUGAAGAAUUGACGGUUCCUGAAGUUAAAUUGAGUGGAGUUCCACUACGAUCAGCCGCUUUUCACUUGGGAAAAUUUUGCGAGUGGCAAAAUGAUGAGUUUAUGCUCUGUCGUAAUGAGCUCGAUGAUCCCCGUCAAUGCUUGAACGAAGGAAAAGAAGUUACUGCUUGCACUUUAGACUUCUUCCGUAAAGUCAAGAAGCAUUGCCGCAAAGAGUUUGAGAAUUAUUAUCAUUGUAUCGACAGAUCCAGUGCCGAUUAUGAUUUUGCUCCGUGAGUACCUGAUCUUAAAGUUGAACUAUUCUAGAGUCUUCCU